AAUAGGAUGAAGUCGCAAAACUCGGAAUGUGGUUGGGCGUCGUGUUGAAGUCGGCUCUCUCCUUGCAUGGAGAUGCGUGUCCAUUGCUAGUGCCACUGGAAGCUGUUUCCCCAACCCUCCAACAAAUAAAUUCCUCUCUCUCUAUACUAAUAUAUAUAAUACCUAUCAGACCCAGAUAUUAAUUAAUAUAUACGAGGACGAAAGACAAAACACAGAGUAACAGUAGUAGUAACCGAGAUCUGGCGGAAUUCAACGCUUUUGUAUCCCAUCUCGGAUCUCAGGCUUGCUCCUAAUCAAUCAAUCAAUCAAUCAACUAUAAUCGACAUGCUCAUCAGAUUGCUGACCAGAGAAUUAAAGUUGAUCUUCAAUGAUUUUUCCCCCAAGGCCGCCAGAUAUUCUUCUGCGACUACUGCUGCUGCUGCUGCUGCUGCUGGUGGAAGGCUAGAAGGAAAGGUGGCCCUAAUAACGGGGGGUGCAAGUGGUCUGGGUAGGGCCACGGCCAGCGAGUUCCUUCAACAUGGAGCCCGAGUGGUGAUUGCUGACAUCGACUCCCAAUUGGGCAGACAAGUGGCUAAAUGGCUGGGCCCAGAGGCCCAUUUUAUUGAGUGCGAUGUGGGCGUGGAGUCCCAAGUAGCUGAAGCUGUGGACAUGACUGUGGCCCGCCAUGGAAGGCUUGACAUAAUGUACAACAAUGCGGGAAUAACGGGCCCAGUAUUCCCGCCAGGCAUUGCUGAUCUUGACCUUGAUGAAUUUGAUAGGGUGAUGCGGAUCAACGUCCGGGGCAUGAUCGCUGGGAUCAAGCACGCCGCCCGGGUCAUGAUACCAGCUCUCUCUGGCUCCAUUUUGUGCACUGCCAGCAUUAGUGGGCUUAUGGGUGGGCUUGGCCCACAUCCUUAUACAAUAUCAAAAUUUACAAUACCUGGGAUUGUGAAAUCAGUGGCAACUGAGCUAUGCAAGCACGGGGUCCGGAUUAACUGCAUAUCACCGUGCCCCAUCCCGACGCCCAUGGUGGUCAGCCAGUUUUCAGGUUUCUUCCCGGAUGCUACCCAAGAUCGGAUCAUGGAAAUUGUGCAUGAGUUAGGGGAGCUGAAGGGGUCCAUGUGCGAAGAGGUUGAUGUAGCCAAGGCUGCAUUGUAUUUGGCAUCCAACGAAGCUAAAUACAUCACAGGUCACAACCUUGUUGUGGAUGGAGGAUUCACGUGCUUUAAAAAUCUCCAGUUUCCCUCAAGUUAAAAAAAAUGUCUAAAAUCAUAAUCGUUCAUUUUCAACUAUUUCACAUUAUUUUUCAUUUAAUAUUUUGAUUAUUGCAAUCUGGGUUCGUGUCAUAAUCAGACACUCCCACGCGCCUAGCUGACUUGUGGAUGUCUUCUUUGCUAUUCUCUGGGCCUGCGUAGGUGCAACCCAAACUGCUUCGGUUUUCCUUUUCACCAACUUGUUGCCUAACAAUUGUAUUUAGGUUGGCAACUCGUUAAGUUGCCUGGGUUUGCUCCCCAUGUACCUAACUCAGAUUCAACUCUUGUUGGCAGCUCUUGUUUGCUCGGAUCAUAUGAUUAAGUGCUGUUAGUUGAUGCUCA